GGCAACUUUUGAUAUCUGAAGGAGAUCAUUUUGUUUGUUUAUUUUCUAUAAACUUGGUAAGUGUGCUUUUAUUCGCUAUUUAUCAUUAAUCUGCAAACUUUGUCUAUUUCUGAGCACUCUACGCAGUUUAAAUUGUUGUCAUUUUAUUGAAAGAAAAUGGGUAACAAUGCAUCUAGCAACCGAACUGUGACAUUUUCUAAUGAUGAUGUUGUAGGAGUAGUUCAAGUCUCCGAAAAUGUUGUCAGGCGUUUAAGGGGUGAGCCUGAAAAAACUCCUGAACAGCGGCAUAAACCCAUUGAAGCAGAGUCCAAACAUACUCCUGAAAUUCCAACCCAAAAAUUUGUUCCUUUUGCUCCUACCGAACCAUUUUCAUCUACACUAGAACAGCGGCAAAAGUACCAUGAAGAGUUUAAGAAGGCGGAAAGAUCAUGGAAUAACCGUAUAAAUGAGUUGGAAACUCAGAACAAAGUGCUGUAUGACUCUGCGAAGGAGAAAUUUGCUGCCAUGCUUAAUGAGAUAGAAGAAAAUCAUGUUAAAAAUUCGUUCGCUCCUGUUUGUCCGGACAAGCAAGUCCUAGUAGAAAGAUGUUUCCGAGAAAAUUCCAAGUAUCCAUUAAACUGUUCUCAAGAAGUUAAAGAUUUUAUGAACUGUGUUGAUAAAGUUAGAAUGACUGCACUUAGCAAAUAAGAUUCUAGUGUUUCUAUAGAUAUCCGUUUCUGUGACUAAUAGGCUGUUAUUAAAAAAUUUAGACUUUAUAUUCAUUAUUAUGUCAUAAAUAAAUAAUUUUCUCCAAGCA